GCUCUGCCCCUCAGAUCACCAUGUACAGCUUCAUGGGUGGCGGCCUCUUCUGCGCCUGGGUGGGGACCAUCCUCCUGGUGGUGGCCACGGCGACAGACCACUGGAUGCAGUACCGGCUGUCGGGGGCCUUCGCCCACCAGGGCCUGUGGCGAUAUUGCCUGGGCAGCAAGUGCUACCUGCAGACGGAGAGCAUCGCAUACUGGAAUGCCACCCGGGCCUUCAUGAUCCUGUCCUCCCUGUGCGCCACCUCUGGCAUCAUCAUGGGCAUCAUGGCGUUCGCUCAGCAGCCCACUUUCACCCGCUUCUCCCGGCCCUUCUCUGCGGGCAUCGUGUUUUUCGCCUCCACAUUUUUCGUCCUGCUGGCCUUGGCCAUUUACACUGGAGUCACCGUCAGCUUCCUCGGUCGCCGCUUCGGGGAUUGGCGCUUUUCCUGGUCCUACAUCCUGGGCUGGGUAGCCCUGCUCAUGACCUUCUUUGCAGGAAUUUUCUACAUGUGUGCCUACCGGAUGAAUGAAUGUCGGCGCCUGUCCACUCCCCGCUGA